AUGGGACAAGCCAAAGAAAAAGAAAAUAUUCCAUACGGGGAGAAGAAUAAUGAAUAUACUGGGAUGACAAUAGAUGAGAAAAGUGAGUAUCUUGAGGGGAAACUUGACAUUCUUAAAAGAAACACUGCAGAGAAAGAAAGAAGAUGGGCCAGAGAGUGCGAAGAAAUAAAGAAAGAGAGAAUUGAAAUGGGAAGUAGAAUAGAAGAGAUGAAAAAAGAAAUAAAAAGACUAAAAGAAGAACUAAGAGAGGAGAAGGCAGAGACAAAAAUGAUAAAAAGAAUAAAGAGUGAAAGUGCAUUAGUGCCUGGGUAUACGCAGUCCACUCAGUGCAGUACUGCAAUUCCCACUCAAAUUACAGUGGAGAAUUCCUGCUCUAUUAAGAAUCUGAAUGGAAAUACUGCCAUGAAACAGACAAUAUUAUCAAAACCAAAGGAAGUCCAUGCUUUGUCUACUGGAGAUGCAGCCCAGACUGCCUUGCCUAUUGAAUGGAUUCUGUCACAUCUUAAGGGUGAAAUUCUAUUUAGUCUCACUGACUUAUCAUCAAGUAAAUUGAAGGUCUUUGGGAGGUUUUUUAAGAGAGAGUUUGACUCGCUCUAUAACAGAAAGGAAGUGCUUGCUGGGAUUGAAGGGAGUCAAAGCACAAAACACUUGAUCAAGUGCCUUUUGUAUCUGUCAGACCGCCCUGAGAUUAUAUCCAGCUGCAUGCCGUACGUGUUCAUGAAGCAUAUUGUUCCUGAUGGAAAACUGUACAUAAAGGAUAUUGUUAGGAUUCUGUACAAGGUAGGAGUGGCACCUUUCCUGCAAAGUGCAAACACGAUUGAUGACAUCAAAAGAUUCUUUAAUGAGUGCCGGGAGUCAGAAGAACUUCUUUCCCUUGUAGAGGCACUGGCACAAAAGAGUCCCCGUGGCAUUGCCAGACUUAUUUCUGAAGAAUAUUUGGUGUACGCAUGCAGCACACACCCAGAGAGAGCCCGCAGAUUGAUUGGGCUAUUGGAAGGGUGUGGCGUGAAUUCUGCAUCAUCUGAGGCAAUUAUUGCUCUGUACACAUCUUCAGAUCUCUCCCAGUACGACUCUCAAAACAAAGAGUAUACGUUCUUCCUGUAA